GUUUCACUUUGUUCUCGUUAGGAUCUUCCAUAAAGCUUAAUUCAUGCCACUGCAGGAGGAUAAUGUAACCUGUGGAGCUGAUAAGGAUGUUCGGAGGUUAGACGUGAUACUUUUUGAAACACCCGAGCUGGAUACUUUUUUGGAUAAUGCCCACUUUUCCGAGAAAGAGAUUGAGACAUUCUCUGGAAUUUCAGAGAUUGAUAAUAAUAAGGAUGAGACGGGCCCUAUACUGCAGUUUCCUGACAAGAUUCAAGAAUCAGUUUAUUCAGUUGAAGAUGUUAUUUCAGAGUGCAACAGGGAGCAAAAUAUUUAUAUGCUGGAAGAGGAUUGUUCUUUUGGAGGUCGAGAGCUCUUACAGCAUAGCAUCUUCCCCAUUUUGGAGGUGGAUGAAAUAAGUCUGGGUAUCAUGACAAGUCAUUCUAUUGAUGAUGUACUUCCUACUGCUUUUGAAUCUAUUGAAUCCCAGCUGUGGACUCAAGAAAAUGAUCUGCUUACUGACAGCAAGGAGCUCUUGGGCUCUAUUGGGAAUGAUAUCUUAAAGUUUCUUUCUGAUCUCUGUUUAAUGGAAAAAUAUCCGGAACCUGAGCUAGCCUUCCCAGAGAUGUUCCUGGAUGUGAACAUUAUAUGCAUGGUGGAAACUCCUCAAGCUGAUGGGAAUUCUGAACUUGUUAUGGCAAAACAGUAUACUGGUUAUCUUUUUCCCACAAACCUGGUUAUUUUUGAGGAAUUCCAGAUUUUUGAUGUUGAUUCAUCUCAAAACUUUGAUGUGUUUUUGAACAGACAAAUAACCCAUGAGCCAGAAGCAUGUAACCAUAUGUUCAAGGAAGACUUGAAUUUCAAGAGUUUCAGUGAAUUGGUUGUUAGUCAUGAACUUGUGUUGGUAGAUGAAACAUUCAAAUCUUUGCCUAUACAUGUUCUCUCUGAUCAUGGAAGGUUGAGGUUACCAUGCACAGUUAUCGAGGAAUUACUGUCUGAUUUGAAGCCGCUGCCCCUAUCUGCAUCUGAUGGUAUCUACUUGGACUGGUAUAUAUUGGAAGAUGAUAAAUGCAGUAGUAAAGUUCAUGCUUUGUUUCAGAAUAUGAUGGAGGAGAUAGAUGCUUCCAGCAUUGAUUUUGAACAGGAAAGUUUUGAGGGUAGGAAGUUAGUUUCUGACUUCAUUUUCUCAGAUGAUGCUUUAACAGGAUCAGCUACUGAACAAUAUGAGGAAGUACCGAAUGUAACUUUUGAUCGCGUACCUAUGCUUAAUGAUAAUCUUAUGGCUGUUGCGUCCAAUAAGUUACAAGACAACGGUUUCCCAAAACCAGGAAACUCGAAACAAUUAGCAGAAAAAGAUGAUAAGAGGGCUUCAUUACUAUUCAAGACUAUGUCACAAUUCAAUGAUCUUGCUUUUUUCUUGAAUCCCCAGAAAAGUAGCGCUAGAGAAAAUGCUGGACCUGAGGCCAUGUCGUCCAAUCCAAAGGCUGAAUUACCGAAUGUUUCAUCUGGUCGUUCAGUUGAAGCAUGUGAAUCCGCUGGUCUACAGUCACAUGUCAAUGGUCCAGAUUUUUUCUUGAAUCCCCAGAAAAGUAGUGCUAGAGAAGAUGCUGCACCUGCGGCCAGGUCUUUUAACCGAAAGGCUGAAUCACCCAAUGGUUUAUCUGGUCAUUCAGUUGAAGCAUGUGCUUACACUGGUCUACCGUUACAAGUCAAUGAUCUUGAUUUUUUCUUGAAUCCCCAGAAAAGUAGCACUAGAGAUAAUGCUGGACCUGCGGCCAUGUCAUUCAACCCAAGGGCUGAAUUACCCAAUGUUUCAUCUGGUCAUUCAGUUGAAGCAUGUGCGUCCACGGGUCUACUAUUGCAGCAGUGGCAUAUCAUGGUUUACAAUAUAAAAUUGCCAGAUGAUAUCUUGGCACUGAUUGAAAAUUUUGAAAAGUGCUAUCUAGCUAUCUUGCAGAAUGAGACAGAGCUAAUUUCAUUUUUGGGAGAAGAUAGGUAUGAAUUGCUUAGCCUUCCAAAGAAAAAGUUAAUGGACUGUAUAAAGAAAAAAAUGGCACGAAGAAAUACUUCCCAUGGUGAUGAAGAUAUUAUGGCAUUUGUAACGUUGUGCGCUAUUAAGCAAAUGGCUUGGUACAUGUGUUUCUAUGGCAUCAAUGCAGCUCACUUAUAUGUAGACAAGCUAUGUCGAAGCCUUGGGUGCAUAAAUUCAAGAUUAAGUUUCCUUCAUUCCUUGAUUGAGGAUGCUCGUGGCAAGGUUGAUAAGGAAAUAACUACAUCACAUCCCUCACUCUGUGUUAUACGGGGAAUUUUACAGUCCAAGACCAGCUCAAGUAAUUCCAAAGUGUUGAUCUUGGCGGAGCAAGUCUUCUGGUGGUCUUUGAAGAGUUUGUUGAUGUCUAUGGGAUUGUCCUGGAACGAGCUAUCAAGUUUCUGCACAAACGCAAAUCCAUCAGGUGCCUAUAAGAUGGAUUCUCAGCUGAUUUCAGAUUGUUGGUUGGUAUCUCAGGAGAAUGUUUCUGCAUCUUUUCCAUUCAACAAGUUCAACGUUAUUGUGGAAUAUGGAGGCUUUUGUGGCUCAUCUAGAGUAUCUUCUUUCCCCCCCAAAUCAGUUGGCUUGACUCAUGUUCACUUUCUGAAGAUUGAACUGGAUGACUCUAGUGCCUCCAAAGCACUUUGCGAAGGUGUUGAUAUCCCCCAGAUUGCAAAGAAGUUGACGGAAGGGGAGUUUCAUUCAAUCCUGGCCCUUGAUAAUGUGAACUACGAGAAUGUGGAGGACCUACUGAACUUUGUACCUGUUGUAGACAAGCAUAACAAGGGGUCUGUCGGAAGUGGGAAAGAAGAAGAAGCCUAUAGUUUGCCUCUGCCAGUUGCAGUUGAAACCAAUCCAAACCCGCAGAGAUUGGCAGACAUAGUAAUUAUUGUGAACAUGCAAAAUUUUGAUAAGGAAAUGAUCGUAUCCAGAAGAUCUACUUAUCAAAAAAUUCUUGCAAUGGAGAAAGAAGGAGCUCAAGUAGUGGAACGCGAUUCAAAUCUUCCAGUGGAUGUCAUAAUUAGCUCUGCAAUUUGCCUGGUAUGGUAUGAUUCCAGAAACAUAGGAAGGAAAGCUGCCAUUUCAGAUGAAACAUCUUCUUGCUUACAGUUGUGCAUUGAGGAUAUUGCAACUAACAUUUUGACAUUGCUGAGUUUUACUUUCAGUGGCUGUUUCCUGGUAUUUGAGGGAGGCAUUGGCUUCCUUUCUACGGUAAUGGAAUCCUCAGCUGGACUCUAUGCAGCAGCAGCAAGUUUGGGAAUUGACUUCCAGCUAUUUUGCUCUUAUUCAUCUGAAUCAACUGAUGAAAUUAUACUAAAUUGCAUUGACUAUGCUGCUAAGACGACCAGGGGCCCAUAUCCAAAGAUGCCUGAUUCAGAAACUCUUGCAGAAUCGUUCCUUACUAAAUUUCCUUCAGUUAAUCCUUUGACAGCGCAUGCAAUACUCUCUUCGGGAGGAAUGCUCAUUGAGUUCCUUCAGUCGUCACAUGAAUGCAGGAUUCAGGCAGUUCAAAACUACUGUGUACCAGAUGAAAGUAUUGCUCUUUUCAGUGCUUUGUGUAAGUACGGUGAGCGGGAGGACUCAAAAUCUGUAAUGACAGACUGCUCUUCUUCUGUAUCUUCGGGUCGUAACUCCGACAAGUGUCAUUACAAUGUUGGUUCUCAAGGAAAACAAGGCAAACGCAAAAAUAGCUCUAAUAAAGUCAGCACAAGGAUGGAUGAAUCACAGCAUUUUGAGCCUGUGAGCAAAGAUGAGUUCCUGCAUCCUUCUGGACUGUCGAAGCAAUAUGAUUCUUGGAAAUCUACAGGUUCUGAGAUGUUCCAGGAUUACAAAAAGCUCAGUUCAUCUUUAAAUGAUAUAUUUGAUCAAGAGCAGGAUUUUGAUUUUCUCCCUCAAAUUCCUGGGCGAUAUGAUUCUGACAUCUAUGAAGGUCCUAACAUGUUAAAAGAGGCAAAAAAGCCCAAACUCGAUGUACCCUUGAAAGAUAAUAUAUGGGAUUACAAUCUGGGAGAAAAUGCAGGUAUGCUGAAUAGUUUGGACUGGCAAAACACCAAUAGCUUUGAGAAUCAGCGCGAAGAACUUACAAGUGAAGUUACUGACUUUGCUGACAGUCCGAUGUCUGGUGAGGAUUUCUCUUGCUUUGGUAACUCUAAUCCUUUCUCCUCUUUGGUGUCGGAGAUUGAAGAGGAUUCUGCUAGAAAAUCCAAAAUUGCUAGAAGAUUGUCAUUUACUAAAGGCAGUCACACUGUUUUCCCAUAUGUUUCUGAGAUCAACAUUGGUUCAGAUAUGUUGAGUUCUGUAACAUGUCCUAGACAAGGUCUUGUAGGAACUAAUCCUAAUUCAGAUGCAAGUCCCAGCAACCAAGAAAACUCCAUACGGGAUGUUUUAGCUCAGCGAUCUGCAGCUUGCAAAGGAUCACUACUAAAAAACGAUGUAUCAAAUCAUAGUGCAACAUCACUCUCAAAGGCCAUUCUUUCAAACCAACCACAAUUAGGUUCACCUUGGACGAUAGAAUUUCUUAACAGGAUCAGAGAGAAGAGCAGAUUACGUCAGCAGAAUCUUCCUUCUGAUACAUCUGCUUCACCCUUUGGCAGAUCAGGAAAUAUAGCAAAAGUUCCUAAGAGAAGAAGAAGUCCAUCAAUUCUUGAGUUUUUCAAAUACCAAGGAGGCAACACUCCUAAGAAAAUACUAGAACAAAGGAAGCAGAAAAGACCGCCACAAGCAUCCAGCUCAUCUAAGAAUGAAAAAACUUCAUCCUCCCUUACACAAACAUCGACACCCACUGAUAAGAGAACAAGACAGACUCUAUCUUUUGAAAUGAAUGGAAGUGGAAGUCAAACAAAGCUAGUUUGGAGAGACGGAGGAGCACAUGGUUUGAGCAAAAAGCUUCGCUAUUAAUAAUCACGAUCGAAACAAACGUGGUCCAAUGUAUAAGGGUAUAGAUUCAUUUGUAAAAUUAGCAGAACUUCCUUUAAACAUUACAUGAACUUGGAGCAGUUGCGACACUUUUUUCAAGAAUGUAUCCAUAUGGCUCAACGGCAAGCUCAAAUAGCAGAGUCAUGCCAGAAAUAUUUGAUUUGCUCAGAAAUUUUGAACUGACUAGCCCAUAGGCAGCUAGGAUUUAUAAAACGUUCAUUAGGUGUGACGUGUUCAGGCUUGUUUAUUAGUAAGAAUGAUUGCUUUUUUGUUAUAGUUUUAUCUUUUAUGAUGAUAGUAUUAUACCCCAAGAAACAGAAAAGCUCCAUCUUAGUGAAUCAGUUGUUAGCUUGAAGCGGAGUAGCAGGACUGGUGACAAAGACGUGCUUGACUUAUUAGUGAUGUUUCCACAAAAUUAAUUCUAGAUUUUAAUUUAUUGAGCAGAAUGAAUCGGUUCCUAUAUAA